CCAUCAAUUGAACAAAUAAAAAAACGAAAAAAUAGUAACAUAUCAACUACACCAAUGGAAAAACGAAAGUGUUCAACAGGAGAAGAUGAUGAUAAGGAUUUAUCACAAGAAGAUGAUAAUAACGAUGUAACACAAGAAGAUGAAAAUAAUGAUGUAUCGCAAGAUGAUCUUGGCAAUGUAAUUUUCGAAGAUGAUGAAAAAGAAAAUAAUAUUUGUGAUGAUUAA